UUUUUUUGUUGGAAGGAGUGUUAGUUAAAUAUUUGAAAAAAAAUUACUUUUAAGAAAUCAAAAAAUGGGUUUAAGAAAAAUCACUUUAAUGAUGAUACUAUUUCUAAAUUUUAAUCACAAUUUAAUCGUAAAAUCAGCCAGCAAUGAAUUGGACAAAGAGGUCCUAUAUCCAUUCUAUGAUAAAGAUUACUGGAACCUUAUCAGAUAUGGUUUAGACAACGCCGAUAGCUCAAAUAAUUUGGAUGAAAAUGGCGAUGCUUUAGAUAAAUCCAAUAGCAAAAGAGCUAUCUAUUGGAAAAGGUUUAAGAGCAGAAGUAUCAACAAAUGCAAGCAAUACGGCCAACCUUGCGAUGAAAGAAAAUCUAUUUAUAAAUGCUGCGAAGGUUUCAUUUGUCGUUGUCACUUUUUUGGAUCCGGUUGCAGAUGCCACAUGGGUUCAAUUUUUAGGUAUUUGGGAUAACAGUCCUAUAAACCGCUUCCCUUUGAAUAAUAAAUAUUUAAUACAUGUUAACAUGGUAUAUAUAUAUAUAUACUUACAUAUAUUUAUAAUGAUUCUAUUAAUCUAACAAUAUAUUGAAUUAAAUAAAGUAUAUCGAUACAAAAUUUUUUUGGACUUUUUAAGGCUGUGUCCAAAGUAUCAAAAAAAUUUAAUCGCACAAUUUGCGCAAAUCUAGCGGAAAAAAAAUAUAAGCCAUUUUUAAUGGAAAAU